AUGGUGCCUUCUCUGGCAUCUAUGGCCCUGGGCCUAUGCUCUGUCUUGCCAUUGGUCUCGGCCACCACUUUGCCAGACAUCAUCUACCGCGAUGUCGUCGUGAUUGGCGGAGGUGCUUCUGGUGCCUACGCUGCUGUGCGCAUGCGUGAUGACUUCGGCAAGAGCAUCGCUUUGAUCGAGAAGGAAGAAAACCUGGGUGGUAUGGUGAACACCUACGUUGGCGAGUCUGGCGCUACCUUUGACUAUGGUGUCCAGACCUUCCUGAACAAGAGCAAGGCCGCCGAUUUCUUUGCUCGCUUCAACGUCCCCGUUGGCUCUGGCUCAAGCAGUCUUUCUCUGACCACUGACUACAUCGACUUCAACACCGGAGCGUCCGUUGACUUCACGCCUCCUGCUAUCGGCAAGCAGAUUGCGGCUAUUGCCAAGUUCUUUGAAAUCAUCGAGCCCUGGGAAUCGAUGCUGAGCCCUGGCUACUGGAACUUCCCCGAGCCCAGCGAUAUUCCCGAGGACCUGCUCAUUCCCUUCGGAGAAUUCCUGACCAAGCACGGUCUCGAGGAUGCCACUCCUAUCAUGUACGCCUCCACCGGUCUCGGCGUCGGCAACAUGGCCGAAGUCGAAACCAUCUGGGUGCUUCAGAGCUUCGGCUGGGAUAUGGCCCGCGCUCUGACCGGCCAAAUGGGCAUGUUCGCCCCUACCUCCGGCGGCAACCAGGCUCUCUACGACGCCGUCGCCGAAGACCUCGGCGACGACGUCCUCUACACAAGCACUGUGAUCGACAGCCACCGCACCGAAUUCGGCGUCUUCCUCACCGUCCGCAACCACAAGACCGGCAAGAUCACCCUGAUCAUUGCUCGCCGUCUUCUCGUCGCCAUCGAGCCCACCGACGACAACGUCAAGCCCCUUGACCUCAGCGCCUUCGAGAAGAAGACUCUGGCCAAGUUCACCUACUCCAACGAGUUCACCGGCCUGGUCUCCAACUCCGGCUUCAACACUAGCUUCACUUACUCCAACCUCCCCUCCGCUGCUGCCCCCGACAACACCCUCGUCUUCCAGGACGAGCCCAUGGUCUCUAGCUUCGAGUACACCGGUCUCGAGCACCUCUUCCGCGUCAUGGUCAUCGGUAACACCACCACCACCGCCGACGAAGCCAAGGCCCUUGCCCAGGAGAACUUCAACACCCUCCUGAAAUCCGGCCAGCUGGAUGAGUCCACGGUCGAGGAGCUGAACUGGGCUGCGUUCUCCGUCCACGGCGCCAUGCACGCCCGUGUCACCAAUGACCAGCUCAAGGGCGGCUUCUUCCAGGAUCUGUACAAGCUGCAGGGAGCCCGCUCCACCUGGUGGACUGGCGGUGCCUUCGCCGCGAACUUCCAGACCCAGCUCUGGGAGUUCGACGAGGGUCUCAUCCCCAAGAUUCUCGAGGGUCUGUGA